GUAGUUGUAGGCAUUAUGUCUUGUAUGUUCGUUGGCACCACUGUCUGACUAUUUCUUGUUUCGACUUGCGUAUGUUUCAAGAUGAAACAUCCAAUUCGCGAAGAAUCAAAACGCUAUAAUUUGUAACUUAUUUAGUUUAAAUUUAUUAUUAUUAUUAGAUUGAGAUAAUUUGUUUGGAGGCUCGUGUGAACAAUGAAGGUGACUGCGGUAUUGUGUAAUCACCACAUUGGUCGCAUGAUACGACACCUGUGGAAGGUCAAGAGUAAAAUCGAACCCAUUGACCGUGGGACUGAGGCCGCCCUCGCCCCGUUCGGGAUCCCCAUCACAGAUCCGAAGGAUUUUCUCGCGAGUCGUCUGAACAAAGUUGAGAAGGUUCACGUGGAAGUGGUGGGGGCGACGGAGCGGCCGAGGGCUCGCGACCGGGACCACCCGCUCCACCACGAGCAGGAGUGCCACCUCUACUCCAGCGGCGACGUGCUGCUGAAGGGCCUGGACCAGGCCAAAGUGCUGACCAACACCGUGGAGGUGCGGGAGGGCCUGCCAGACGCCCUGACUCGGGCGUCGGGCGGCGCGGCGCACCGAGUGGAGCUUAUCGAGAGGUGCAUCCGGUCAAGUAACAUAUUCGAAGCAAGAUACGAGAAGUUACCGAGGUACAUAGACCCAGCGCGCCCGUAUCACCACCAUGCUCGCAUCUGGGGGAUUACAGACAUACGUAAAACCGAGCUGCUGACCUCGCGGCUGGUCCAGCUGUGCGGGGCCGUGAGCGGGGCGUCUCGCCGCGUCGUCCGUGACGGCCCCGUGAGGGUCACGCUGGGCAAGGACGGGGAGCUCCUGCAGCUGUCGGUGCGGGCGGACGCUCUGCUGGUUUCGGGGCGGCCCCUGCCGGCCCUCGCCGGCGCCACAGACGCCGACGGCUCUCCCCUGCCCGCGCUGGGCCCGGUUCACCCCCUCAUCUCCCUGCGGACGGACAACUUCUACGACCAGCGCGACGUGUACCCCGGCGGGGACCGGCUGUUCCCUCGCAUGCUGGUGCUGCACGGGAACGCGACGCAGGUGCGCAACCUGCACGAGACGCCAGUGACGGAGACUCAGUGGCUGGGGCGGUCGCUGCUCAACACCUUCGCAGUAGCCGCGGCACACGCGCGCCUCCGCUACGGGGCGGACGUGCGGGACCUGCCUGAGCCGGUGGUGCUGCCGUGCUGCCACACGGACAGCCGUCUGUUCCACUUCUGCGUGCUGCAGCUGAACACCCUGGAUCUCGACAGCUCCAGCAGCCGGCGGAACAUCUUCUGGUCCGUGCCGAGGAGAGCGCUGUUCGAAACCUGCGGGUACGACUCUGCGCGGCCAGCGCUUCGUGGGCUGGACCCAGGGGUGUUUGACAUGUUUCUAGCGUUCUACUCCUACGGCGGUGAAAAUCACGUCGCUGCGGAAUCAGAUGACAACAGGUGAAGAUGUGUUGCUGUAGUUCAAAAUAUUUUUUUUUUUAUUAAAUUUGAAGUUUCAUAAAUAACAAUAUAAGUUGUAGAUUUUUGUUUAAAUAAGUAACUUACAUAUAAAUAACGUUUUCCACAAUGCAAUUUUUCAAAUGUUUGAAUUGACAAUGGCCAAAUUUUUUUAAAAUGUCUUAAUUAAAUAUUCUGAUUUCAAGCCAGAGCUUUUGUUAUUUUGAAACGCUGGUUAAGUAUCCGUUAACUUCCAACUUGAAUUGUUUGCCAUUUCAAGUUCUUGGAUAUGUCAAAUUUGUUCAAAGUAGUAACUUGAGUGUCUGGUGUGUUACUAUGAAGGUGCAUCGCUGGAUAGUUGUUUGUACAAAUGUCUCCAUUAAAAAUAAGAUGUGAAAAGGUUAA